AUGAGAUAUGCAGGAGUUUGGAGAGACGAACAUCCACCCAGGAAUCUCAUCAGGCUUUCUCUUGUGAAAGAAGAAGAUCCUGUAAUUCUCAAGCUGCAAAAAGAAGAUGAACGCGACAUGUUCUACAGGACUGGUCGAAGUGUGCCGCUGAAAUAUCUGAUUCGAGAUUAUUGUGAACGUAAACAUCUUGUGUAUGAAGAAAUGCGUUUCCUUUUCGAUGGAAAAAGGAUAAAUGAAAGCGAAACUCCAGAACAGUUGGAAAUGGAGGACGAUGAUGUUAUUGAUGUUAUGUCCGAUCAGUUUGGUGGCCAGGCCUGCCCAUGA